CAUAUCCACUUUAGCACUCCAAUUAUUUCAACUUUAAAUGCCUAUCCUCCUAAAAGCAGCUUAUCCGAGACCAACGAGGACGAGAUGAAUUACGAAUUCGGCCUCGAAAGUGGUUUUAUCAACAGCCGCCCGUCGCUCGCCGAGUGCCUGGCAUCCCUCCACGCCUUCCGGAGCGCAUCCGCCAAGCCCUCGCCGCCCGGUCCUCCUCCUUCUCCUCCGGCCGCUGACCUCCACGGUCGCUCCGAGCCGCAGCUGCCGGAGAGGGGCUGCGGCAGCCCGGCGUCUCCUGCCCGGGAGCACCCCUGGAUGAAGGGUGCAGCCUCCUCGCCGCUGCAAGCUUCACCAGAGAUACCUGCAGAGCACGUCUCCAAGAGGCUGAGGACGGCGUACACUAACACCCAACUUUUGGAGCUGGAGAAGGAGUUCCACUUGAACAAGUACUUGUGCAGACCCCGGCGAGGGGAGAUAGCGUCCUUGUUGGAUUUAACCGAGAAGCAGGUCAAGGUGUGGUUUCAGAACCGCAGGAUGAAGCACAAGAGACUGCAGACUCACUGCAAGGAGGGCCGGGACUGUGACGACGCGCAGGGACAAGAAGAAAGCCAGAAUUUCGAGCAAGAUACUUCCAACGAUGCGUAUUUGUGUACAAGUGAGACAAAUGUCAAACAUUCCGUGGACAUGUCUCCCAUAACGUCCUGCACAAUAGGCCCAGACAAUGAUCUCUCUCCCGGCUCGCACAGUCAUCUCUCCCCGGGGAUUGACGUCUCUUUGCGGGACCUUUUCUCCCCCGCCUCCUCAUUCUCAUCAGGCCAAAGUCCGCCGCAUUUAUCCCCACAAACUUUGGCACUUUUCUCAGAAACACAUACAGACCUGCAUACUUUGAGCUAUUAGAAGUAUUUUAUUUUCAUGCACUCUUGUUUGUUCAUCUAUAAAUAGACUAAUAGAAAUAAGGUAAGCACUAUGUAACAAAACAUUUUUCAUUCAUACUGCAAAUUCCCUUUUUUUGUCGAGAAUG